AUGCGUUUCGUCAUUCCUUUCCUCCUGGGUCUGGCGUGGCUCGUCAAUAGCUCUGUCAUUCCGUCGCGUGGAAGCGAUGUCGUCGAGCUGGCGCCUCGCGCUACAAGUUCGGGCCUGCGCUCCGUGGUAUACUUUGUGAACUGGGCCAUCUAUGGCCGAAACUACCAACCCCAAGAACUCCCCGCGGAACGGCUGACGCAUGUACUGUAUGCGUUUGCCAAUGUCCGCGGCGACACGGGAGAGGUAUUCCUCUCCGACACGUAUGCUGAUCUCGAGAAGCACUAUCCCAGUGACUCGUGGAAUGACGUUGGCAACAAUGUCUAUGGCUGCGUCAAGCAGCUUUUCCUGCUCAAGCAGAAGAAUCGACAGUUGAAAGUGCUGUUGUCGAUUGGUGGCUGGACGUACUCGCCUAACUUUGCGGCGCCGAUGGCUACUGAUGCUGGGAGGAAGUUGUUUGCCUCGUCCGCGGUUGAGCUGGUCAAGGAUCUGGGUUUUGAUGGACUCGAUAUUGACUGGGAGUAUCCUGCUAAUGAGACCCAAGCCGAGAACAUGGUCUCUCUAUUGCAGGAAGUUCGCUCGGCUUUGGAUGCCUACAGCGCAGCCAACGCUAGUGGCUACCAUUUCCUCCUGACGGUUGCGUCUCCUGCUGGUCCCGCAAACUACCAGAAACUGAAGAUGGCCGAGAUGGACCAGUACCUCGACUUCUGGAACCUGAUGGCAUACGACUACUCCGGCAGCUGGGACACGAUUGCCGGUCAUAACGCGAAUUUGUACAACUCGACUUCCAACCCAAGCAGCACUCCCUUCAACACCGACCAGGCCAUCAAAUACUACAUCGCCAACGGCGUAAGCGCCAACAAGAUCGUAAUGGGCAUGCCAAUAUAUGGGCGAUCGUUCAUGGAAACCGACGGACCCGGCACGAACUUCACCGGCGUCGGCAGCGGGAGCUGGGAGGACGGCGUGUGGGACUAUAAGGCGCUGCCGCAGACUGGCGCGCAAGAAUUUGUUCUCGACCAGCCCGUUGCUAGCUACAGCUAUGACUCCACAAAGCGCAUGAUGAUCAGCUACGAUACCCCGGAGGUGGCGCUGGUGAAGGCGAAGUACAUCCAGUCCCAGGGACUGGGCGGUGGGAUGUGGUGGGAGAGUAGCAGUGACAAGAACGGCAGCGCUAGUUUAAUCACCACGGUUGUUACUCAGUUUGGAGGCCUCGCUGCUCUAGACCAGAGCCAGAACGAGCUGAACUACAACGAAUCAGUCUACGCCAACAUGGCAGAUGGGUUUGCCUCGGGCUAG